CCGUUGUCCGGCACACUCGCGUCCCUCCUCCACAUUUGUCGUUCACCAAAGCGAAAACUUUCAGGACUGGAAGGGUGUCUGACUGGCGGACGGACAGGUCGAACAAAACCAAAAUGGCAGGCUGCCCUGUAAUCAAAGCUGAAGUAAAAUGCGGAGGCAUCGUGAUCAAAGACGAAUGGCCAGGCUACCAUUUGGACCUGUUUACGUAUCCUGCGCAUUACUCUGGGGAUUUAGAGUGCGUCUACCUGCCUCACGGGAUCAUCAUGGACAGGACGGAGCGUUUGGCGAGGAACAUCAUGGAUGACCUGGGGGCCCACGACAUCGUGGUGCUGUGCGUGCUGAAGGGGGGGUAUCAGUUCUGCGCUGACCUGGUGGAGUGCAUCAAGGCCCUGAGCCGGAACUCAGACACCUCCCUGCUCAUGAGGGUGGACUUCAUCCGGCUCAAGAGCUACCUGAAUGACAAGUCUACAGAGGACCUGCACAUCGUGGGAGCAGAGGACCUCUCUGUUCUGCGGGGGAAGAAUGUGUUAAUUGUAGAGGCGAUCGUGGACACGGGGAAGACCAUGAGCGCCCUGCUGAAGCACGUGGAGACCUUCAGGCCCAAGAUGGUGAAAGUGGCCGGGCUGCUGGUGAAGAGGGUGGAGGAUGGGGUCGGAAUCCUCCCAGACUAUGUCGGGUUUGAAAUUCCAAACCGAUUUGUUGUGGGCUACGCCCUGGACUACAACGAGUAUUUCAGAGACCUGAACCACAUCUGUGUGAUCAGCGAGCGGGGGAAGAUGAAGUACAGGAUCUGAGACGCAGAUCUGAGACUUCCCCACGGACGCGCGGCGAAGUCUGUCACCCAAUCAGUGAAGCGGAGCGGCAGCUCGCCUUUCCCGCCUCUGUAAUUCAGCCAAUCACACGCCACAUCCGCCAGCCCUCUCUACAAACCCGCCUGGGUCCUGAAUACUGCAAUAAAAUAGUGACUCACGACUCGGGCAUACUUCCACCUAGAAACUUUAUUCAGACUGUUCAGCUUAGGAGCAGUGCUAUUACUUUUCUUCUUUAUGAUUGCUAUUCUAUACUUUUAAAUAUUUAACUUUUCGUUCAGAUUCUGAAUUUAAUGGACCCAUGUAUUCCUUUAUUGAUUGACUAAUGCACUCAGCGUGUUUGCAUUGUAAUGUGUUUUAAAUCAUAACUUACUUUUUUUUUUUUCUCUGUGUGGCUUCAUAAAAUGGUUUCACCAUUCACUGUAUUUACAGACAAUCCACAGAACAAUUUGUGAGAAAUAUGUAAAGGACUAUAUCUGGAUCUUGUGUGUGUCUGAAGAAUAACAAAAAAACCUCACAAUGUCAACUUGAAAAUUCUUUUCAAGUGCUUUUUUUCAAAUAUGUUUUUGCACUAUGUCUGGAAUAUCAAUCAUUUUAGGUUUAGUGUCAUUCCAUCAAUACUUUAAUUAUGUUGUACUUCAAAUGUCUGCAAAAUCUGUCAAUUUCAACAUUUCUAUCUUGUGCAAAUCUCUUAUUUUGUGCAGCUUAAAGGAGGUACAAUAUACCGGACAAUAUAUUUUUACUGCUUGGUCCAUUCACCGUGGUUUUAACAAUUGGCCGGGUACUGUUCACAUACAGUAACUCAACUGACUGCCAUUCCACUGUUAAUAAUGCAGCAAUAGUUUGAAUACAGUUACAAUGUGCUACUGGGAGAUAAUUCUGGGUUUUAAGCACAAUUUACCUUAUUGAGGUCAGUGAGGUGUUUUAAUUUCUUUUCUUUCUUUUUUUUUUUUCCUGUUUAAUGAGCUUGCCGAUGCUGUGCUCUCCCAGUCCUGGCACUCCUGCUGAUGUGCAGACAGGUGGCAUGUCAUGUCCUGAAUCACAAUACAUUACAGUCAUCAAAAAAGCGAAACCAAAAAAUGAGUCACUCAACUAACUAUGUUAGUACUUGUAUUGAGACCUAAAAGAAAUCAUACUAUUACUUUUUUGCUAAAUAAGUCAAAAAAAUAUUGCCAGUGAGGCAAGACAGUUUCAGCCAUUUCAAGAUUUGCCACUGGAAUAAGAACAUUUCACUUCUUGAACUGAAACUACAAAAAAGCAAAAUUUUUACCUAACAUAACAUCUUAGGUCUUAUUACAAGACUACAAAAGCACAUCUCUAAGCGUGUGUUUCACUGGAAAACCAGAGUUAAAUCUCAGCAGGAAUCCAGCCUGGGGACAUUAUUGGUGGGUGCAGAUUCUGCCUGUACCUGCUCCCUGCACACCUGUCUGUACAGACUCCCUGUGCGUGCUCACCUGUCUGUACAGACCCCCUGUGUGUGCUCCCUGCUCACCUGUCUGUACAGACCCCCUGUGUGUGCUCCCUGCUCACCUGUCUGUACAGACCCCCUGUGUGUGCUCACCUGUCUGUACAGACCCACUGUGUGUGCUCACCUGUCUGUACAGACUCCCUGUGUGUGCUCCCAGCUCACCUGUCUGUACAGACCCCCUGUGUGUGCUCCCUGCUCACCUGUCUGUACAGACCCCCUGUGUGUGCUCCCUGCACACCUGUCUGUACAGACCCCCUGUGUGUGCUCCCUGCUCACCUGUCUGUACAGACUCCCUGUGCCUGCUCCCUGCUCACCUGUCUGUACAGACUCCCUGUGCCUGCUCCCUGCUCACCUGUCUGUACAGACUCCCUGUGCCUGCUCCCUGCUCACCUGUCUGUACAGACUCCCUGUGCCUGCUCCCUGCUCACCUGUCUGUACAGACUCCCUGUGCAUGUUCACCUGUCUGUACAGACUCCCUGUGCGUGUUCACCUGUCUGUACAGACUCCCUGUGUGUGCUCCCUGCUCACCUGCCUGUACAGACCCCCUGUGUGUGCUCCCUGCUCACCUGUCUGUACAGACCCCCUGUGUGUGCUCCCUGCUCACCUGUCUGUACAGACCCCCUGUGUGUGCUCCCUGCACACCUGUCUGUACAGACCCCCUGUGUGUGCUCCCUGCACACCUGUCUGUACAGACCCCCUGUGUGUGCUCCCUGCUCACCUGUCUGUACAGACUCCCUGUGCCUGCUCCCUGCUCACCUGUCUGUACAGACUCCCUGUGCCUGCUCCCUGCUCACCUGUCUGUACAGACUCCCUGUGCAUGUUCACCUGUCUGUACAGACUCCCUGUGCGUGUUCACCUGUCUGUACAGACUCCCUGUGCAUGCUCACCUGUCUGUACAGACCCCCUGUGUGUGCUCCCUGCACACCUGUCUGUACAGAAGCCCUGUCUGUGCUCACCUGUCUGUACAGACUCCCUGUGUGUGCUCCCUGCUCACCUGUCUGUACAGACUCCCUGUGUGUGCUCCCAGCUCACCCGUCUAUACAGACUCCCUGUGCGUGCUCCCCUGUCUGUGUGUGUGCUCACCUGUCUGUACAGAAGCCCUGUGUGUGCUCCCUGCACACCUGUCUGUACAGACUCCCUGUGUGUGCUCACCUGUCUGUACAGAAGCCCUGUGUGUGCUCCCUGCACACCUGUCUGUACAGACUCCCUGCUUCGCACCUGCUCCGUCUCUCAGACUGACAUCAGAGACGCCGGCGGCAGAACUUUAAUAAUUAUCAUUCCUGUUUUCCGCACGUUCCCUGCGGCUGUGUUAAGUGCCCAAGUCGUUUUUAGAGACUUCUUGUCAUAAAUCUUCUGUCUGCCUUCAGAAAUGAAGGUACAAUGGAGGUACAGGAACAAAGUGUACCAUGAAGGUACCGUAAUAUUCUCUUUCGGUACAAAGGAGUACGUUUUCCAAGCAAACAAGGUACAAAUGAAUUCUCUAUUGCUGGCGAGCAGUUGUAUGUGCCUGUCCUAGUUCUCUGCACAGCGUUGCACUCGUUGGCACUGAACAAAGCCACUACACUCCACCUUACCCUGUUUACAAAUCCGUUUUAAAAUAAGUUCUGUCUGAGCCUAGGUUUCUGUGAAAAGGUGCAUGUGCUUCACUGCAAAUGUACAAUUUCUGGACCAAUAAAGGUGCACAAUAUUCCCCAA